UUCUUGCAAAAUACUUACUAAAUCUCUAGAAUGAAAUCCAUUUUUACUUUUUACCACUCGCACAUGCCUCAUUUGCACAGACCACUGCUCAAACAAAUCAAAAACUCCGCCGAAGCGCACAUCGUACUCGACUGUUCCACCGAUAAAAUUUACGAAGUACUCAAGCAAGCUCAACAGAUUGGCAUGAUGAGCGAUUACCAUAGCUAUCUCAUUACUUCACUCGACCUGCAUACCAUCAACGUAGACGAAUUCCGUUAUGGUGGCACGAAUAUAACCGGAUUUCGGCUGAUUAACGAAAAAGUCGUCUCGGAUGUGGUACGUCAGUGGAGUUUUGACGAUAAAGGUUUACAACGCUCAGCUAAUUUGAGUACGGUGAGGGCGGAGACAGCGCUCAUGUAUGAUGCAGUACAUCUAUUCUCUAAAGCGCUGCAUGAUUUGGAUACAUCACAGCAAAUUGACAUACAUCCCAUUAGUUGUGAUGGACAGAAUACCUGGCAGCAUGGUUUUAGUUUAAUCAACUAUAUGAAGAUCGUCGAAAUGAAGGGACUAACUAAUGUUAUCAAAUUUGAUCAUCAAGGCUUUCGCACCGAUUUCGUGUUGGAUAUUAUUGAAUUAGGGCCGAAUGGUAUACGCAAAAUUGGCACAUGGAACUCAACAUUACCGGAGGGUAUCAACUUUACGCGUACCUACAGCCAAAAACAGCGCGAAAUUGAAGCGAACUUGAAGAACAAAACGCUGACGAUCACAACAAUAUUGAGUAAUCCAUAUUGCAUGCGAAAAGAAUCGGCAGUGCCGCUGUCGGGUAACGAUCAAUUCGAAGGUUACGUUGUUGAUCUGAUACAUGAAAUUUCAAAGGCGCUGGGU